AUGGCGGUGAAAUUGAUCGUAAUUCUCGUGUUCUCAAUGUGUAUUCUCCUUCCAUUUUCAUCAGCUAAAUCUACCGACUUCCAUUAUUGCACCAGAGUUUUUUGGUUUGAUAAUGCAGAUAAAAAGGGCAAUUAUGCUGUUAAGGUCAGUGGAGUAGAUAUAACACCUUAUCCUGUUAAAGGAGGUAAAGAGGCUACUUUCAGUAUUACUGCAACUACAGAUGAUAAUAUCAGUAGCGGAAAGUUGAUUAUUGACGUCAAGUAUCUAUUCCUUCACGUCCACCAUGAGACUCGUGACAUUUGUAAAGAGACAUCUUGCCCAGUUUCUGGUGAUUUUGUGCUUUCACACUCUCAAGCUUUACCUGGAAUUGCUCCUCCAGGCCCGUAUACUCUUACGAUGAAAAUGGUGGAUGGAAACAAUCAAGAAUUGUCAUGCAUAACCUUUGGCUUCAGUAUGAGUUUAAUUGCAGAAUCCACAGCAGUAGCAGAUGCUUAAGUCGUCAUAACUGUUGAUUCUUGUACAUACAUUACUAUAUGUUAUUUUUUAUUGAGUCGAGGAUCUAUUGGAAAUAUCAUCUCUACCUAUGAGGUAGGGGUAUAGUCAGUGUACAUUCUACC